AUGGCUACCGCUACCCCUACCGCUGCCGCCACACUGCCGCCAUCUUGCCGUCACGGCACGGGGCGGGGCGAGGCCUGGCGGGGGCGGCAUGCGGCAGAGCGCCCCCUGGCGGCCCGGAGGGACGGCUGCAGAGGGACCGGGGAUCCCGGGGGGUGUGGUGCGCCCACCGCGGGCAGCGUGGGGCGGCGCAGGGCCAGCGACUGGGCUGCGCGGCGGCUGCGCCCGGCCCGGCCGAUCCCGGCCCCCGCUGCCGGCCCCCCCCGACAGCCGCGCCCCCGGCCCGAAAUAGCGCGGGGCGGGGUCGGCACCGCCAUGGCGAGGCAACCUGCCAAGACGCUGUGGUACGACCGGCCGCGGUACGUCUACCUGGAGUUCUGUGUCGAGGACAGCAAAGAUGUCAAGGUCAUCAUCGAGGAGCAGCGGCUGGUGUUCAGCUGCAGAAAUGCAGAUGGUGUGGAGUUUUACAACGAGAUCAACCUGUACGCCAGGGUCAACUCCAAGGACUCUCGGGAGAAGCGCUCUGACCGCUCCAUCACCUGCUUUAUGAGGAAGUGGAAGGAGAAAGUGGCCUGGCCUCGCAUCACCAAGGAGAACAUCAAGCCAGCCUGGCUCUCUGUGGACUUUGACAACUGGCGAGACUGGGAAGGCGACGAGGAGAUGGAGAGGGCCAUGGUGGAGCAGUAUGCAGAGCUCCUGGAGAAAGUGACGGACAAAGGCCCCCCCCCCGCCAUGGACGACCUGGAUGUAAGCACUGCCGCCAGCCUCCUUCCCCAGACCCUGCCGCAGACACGCCUGCCGAGCCGAGCCUCUGGCUCUCCACCCGCUCCGGGACACCGGCAGCACCUCCAGCGGUUCUCCUCGGGCAGCCCGACCCGGAGCCUUUCCGAGCGACCGGGAGCUGCGUGUCCGGUGCCGGCCCCUUCCCCAUCACCCUGCUCCUCCCGCAGGAUGACCUCUGAAGCCGAGGCCCCGGGGACGCUGCGACCGCAGAAAGAUUCUCGGUGCACCGCUGGGGAACGUGGGCAGGGCUCUUCGAGGAAGCGGAGCCGCCCCGCCCGGUUCCCUGCUGAGCGCAGUGGAUCCCAACCCGGGGCGGCGGGAGUUGUCGGGUCUCCCCGUGCCGGUUACCCGCGCGGUACACAGAGCAAUAAACGUGAGCCGUUCACUGCUGUCGCCUCGGCCUAUGGCGCCGGUGUCGGAGCGCGGCACCAGGCAGGCCCCGCCCGCUGGCGUGGCCGAGACGGCGAUUGCCAAUCCCGUGUCCCUCCUCGGCCGCCGUCCAUCCCGGUGCUGUGUCCGGUGUGGGCCGCCGUGCUCUGCGCCGCGCACUCGCCUGCCGCCGCCGUCGCUGCCAUGGUGUUCCGGUGCCAGCGGGACAGCUGGGCCCGGCAGUUCGCCACCAGGGUGGUGUCAUGCCGGGCGGCGGAGCUGCGGCCCGAGGGCGGCGGGGAGGCGCUGCACGGGUUCGAAGUGGUGCUGGAGGACACUAUCCUCUUUCCCGAGGGCGGCGGGCAGCCCGACGACCGCGGCCUCAUCGGGGAUAUUCCGGUGCUCCGCGUGACCCGGCGGGGCUCAGAGGCCAUCCACUUCGUGCAAGCACCGCUGGAGCCGGGCGCCGAGGUGCUGCUGUCGCUGGACUGGGACCGACGGUUCGACCACAUGCAGCAGCAUUCAGGACAGCAUCUCAUCACUGCCAUUGCAGAACAGAUGUUUGGGUUCAAGACGACUUCAUGGGAGCUGGGCCGUCAGCGAAGUGUCAUUGAGCUGGACACCCCCUCCAUGACCACAGAGCAAAUAGAGACCCUGGAGAGGAGUGUGAACGAGAAAAUCCGCCAGAGGGUGCCCGUGACAGUGAGGGAACUGGCUGCAAGUGACCCCGAGAUGGAAACAGUGAGGAGCCGUGGGCUGCCAGAUGACCAUGUGGGCCCAGUGCGAGUUGUUGACAUCUCAGGCGUGGACUCCAACAUGUGCUGUGGGACUCAUGUCUCCAACCUGAGUGACUUGCAGGUUAUUAAACUCCUUGGCACAGAAAAAGCGAAAAAGAACAAAACCAACUUGGUUUUCCUGGCAGGAAACAGAGUGCUGAAGUCAAUUGAACAAAGCCACAGUAUUGAGAAGGCUCUAACCUCACUGCUCAAGACUGGACCAGGUGAGCAUGUAGAGGCUGUGAAGAGGCUGCAGAGUUCAGUGAAGCUGCUUCAGAAGAAUAACCUGAACCUGCUCAGAGACUUGGCUGUCUUGAUAGCUCGGGACUUCAAGAGCAGAGCUGCUCAGGGUCAGCUGUUUGUGCUGCACAGGAAAGAAGGUGACUCUGAGUUUAUGAACAUCAUCACUAACGAGGUCGGGACAGAGGAAACUCUGCUUUUCUUGACUGUGGGAGAUGAAAAGGAAGCAGGACUCUUUCUUCUAUCUGGACCUGUUGAAGCAGUUGAGAAUCUAGGUCCCAGGGUGGCAGAGCUGCUAGGAGGCAAAGGAGCUGGGAAACGAGGCCGCUUUCAGGGCAAGGCAACCAAGAUGAGUCGUCGAGGAGAAGUGCAAGCUCUGCUGCAGGAGUUCAUCAGCCAGAGAAGCCCUGAAACAUGAGAAUCGAUUCUCCAAGCAGGACUCUUCCCUGCUUGGCAUCAGCUCCACCAGCAGCUCUCUCAGAAUAAAGACACAAACUUGGGCA